UUCACUGUCUCCCAGUUGUUUAUAACAACAGAUUUUGUGGGAACCGAAUCAAGGCUCAUUCGAAACAACAAGAAAGAAAUGAGCACGGCGAGAUUCAUCAAGUGUGUUACAGUCGGGGACGGAGCGGUGGGGAAGACUUGCAUGCUCAUUUCAUACACCAGCAACACUUUUCCAACGGAUUACGUUCCAACAGUGUUUGAUAACUUUAGUGCCAAUGUGGUGGUCGACGGUAACACAGUGAACCUUGGCCUAUGGGACACUGCCGGGCAAGAAGAUUACAACAGGCUGAGGCCUCUUAGUUAUAGAGGAGCUGACGUGUUUUUGCUGGCGUUUUCUCUGAUAAGCAAGGCCAGUUAUGAAAACAUCUACAAAAAGUGGAUCCCUAAGCUAAGACAUUAUGCUCCUAAUGUACCAUUUGUGCUCGUUGGAACCAAACUAGAUCUGAGAGGUGACAAGCAGUACUCGAAGCCGAAGGAUCACCCAGGAUCAACAGCAAUAUCAACUUCUCAGAUAAGUUAA